UUGUUCAUCGUCGCGUGUUUACAAACAACAAUGUCGCUCGAUUCGUUGCCGGCGGAAAUUCUGCAGAAGAUAUUCGACUUCCUGCCCAGUAAUGAACACCUCGACAAGACCCGCAUCAGUCGCCGCUGGAACCAGCUGGCCUUACGCGAAACCUACCUCAUCUUGGCGUACGGAGAUCAGCUAAUUUCCGAACGCCUCCUUAGAAGAACGACUCGCGGCUAUUGCUGCUUCUCGGUGGAGUUCAGCGAGGGCUACGAACCCGUACAGAGUCGGUUCGCGCUGUGCGCGCAAAAGUUCUUCCUCCGGAAGCUCAUCCUGGACGGAAUUCAGUCGUACGCGAUGGGCCUAUUCGUGGCCGAGCACGCGUCUUGGGUGCGAAGUUUGGUCCAUCUGUCGGUUACGGUUUGGAACCAGAUCGAUUCGAGCGAAGUUGGGACGGUGCUGGAGCUGCCCCGGUUGCGGACGCUUUCGUGGACGUUUAACACGGAGGGUGGCAGUAAGAAGCUGCCGACGUUCCGGAUUAAAGCGCCGCUGUUGGAGGAUGCAUUUGUGGAGUGCUCGGAGGUGAGUUCUUCGCCGUUGGUGUUUGAAGACACGAGAAACUUGAAGUCAUUGGGGGUGUUUGCCCCUGAAGUGCUGGGCAGUAUGUGCCCGAAUGGGUUGGAGUCUUUGGACUGCUUUCGAGUGUACAACUCGACCAAUCCGUUUGCGUGGGAUUACGCGCGACUCGUUAUGCCUCGUCUGAAAACGUUGGAAAUUUCCGGGUGCAAGUUGAACGACACAUCACAGGCUUUCAUUGGAAACUUUCCAAACCUGGAAACGCUCAUCGUUCAAACCGCGAAUGAGAAUCGAAUCAACCUGAGCCUUCUGUCCCGAUUGCUGCCCAAUCUCAAGCAGUUACGACUCUUUGACGUCAAGUGGACGUAUGACGCGGGACUCACGCUCUUUCGAAAUCUGAUGGUGCUGGACAUUAACGACACCAAGCCGGAGGUGGAACACCACGAAGAACUCACGCUCAGUGCACCGCAUUUGAAGACGGUGAAAGGAACCGGGUCCAAUCUGCACAGCUUCAAGCUGACCGAUUAUUCCACCGUCAAGCUGAUGAUCAGCUACGGGCCGUACAUCAACUUUGUGCGGCCGAGGUUGUUCGCUUCGCUGAUGGUGUUAUAUUUGGACGUGCCAUGUGACAGACAGGACUUGCUGGUUACGGAGUGCAUUCACCAGUUUCCGAAUCUCACCCGGCUGACGAUUGUGCUGCACCACAAGAGUCAACCGGUGGGGCUUGGAGGUCAUCUCAUGGCGAUCAGCUUCGUCCAAUUACGCUAUUUGCAUUUGAGAAACUUUGAUCUGGACUAUCAGUUCCUGUGUGGCAUCAACAAGUCCAGCAGCAUACGGACGCUGAUCCUGCAGGACGGCACGCUCACGCUCAAACCCCAGGACGUGAUCUACUUCUCGGCGAAUCUACAGCAUUUUUACAUGCAAAACGUAAAAAUGCCAAAGCACGUAGACGUGUUUCCCACGACCAACCCCUCGACGGAGUUGAUCCUGUCCCUUCCGGACGGGAACGUGUUCAGCACCACGGAGUGGCGCGAGGAGAUCAUCAAGAGUCGCGAGGACUACGUCAAAGAGCUGCUGUUUUAGCUAGUUACGAUUUUAUUUAAUGUUUGCGCGAGUGUCUUUGCUUUAUUCAAUCAGUGCAGGAAGAAACUUUGUGAUUUGUUACAUCAAGAGAUUUUUAAGAAAUUAAAAAAAAAUGCUAAUCUUUGC